AUGACCCUAGUAGACUACUCGUCAGAUGACGACUCGGCCACCGAAGAAGCAUCAAAGUCGGCGCCAAUAUUGAGAGAUGGCACUGGAGCCUCAUCAGCCUCGUUACCGCCGCUUCCGGCUUCAUUCCAUGACUUGUAUGCCUCAACAGUUCGCACCAGCACCCGUGAUGACCCAACUCUGCACCACGGACGGUCUCGUCAGAUCCCUCACGUGGUCGGGAACUGGCCGAGCCACAUCUAUAUCGAAUGGUUCCCCUCACAAGCGCAGUGCGAUGUACUAAGUGCCUUAGUCUCAGCCUUACGGUCAGACGGCCACCAAGCCGGGGCUGAGCUGCAUAGCUUCCUGACAAGCGACCUAGGCACCCCGCUGCCGCUGCACAUUAGCCUCUCGCGCCCGUUCGUGCUGACCACAGAACAAAAGGACAAUUUCCUGUCGCGUGUUCCAGGCGCACUCCGGCUGCGAUCGUUCUCGCGCUUCGCCGUUUGUCCGUCUGCCUUGUCGUGGCACAGAUCGCCAGACUCGAAUCGCGCGUUCUUGGUUCUACGUGUGCAGGAGGAAGGCCGCGAUGGUGGCAACCAGGGCCUGGUCCGCUUGCUCGAAAGGUGCAAUGAGGUGGUCAGAGAGUUUGGUCAGCCGGAGCUGUACUCUGAUGGCGGAAGAGCAAUGGAUCGAUUCCAUAUCUCUGUCGCUUGGUCGUUCACUGAUGUGACAGGAUCUCUCCAAUCUAGAACGGACGCGGUGUAUGAGAGCUUCCGGGACCAGGUGGCCGCGAUGGAGAUUCCCAUCGAGUCCGUCAAGGUCAAGAUUGGCAACGUCAUCACCAGCUUGUCUUUGGCCGAGUAUGGACAGAAACGUGCACAAACCGGAUCGCUAUUUGGCACGUAG